AUGCUGGGGAUUGGCCACGCGCCGACCAUCGCACGGUCCUCCCUGAUGGUUAAGAGCACACCCCUCGACCCCGGAACCCUAGCACCCCCACUUCCUUUCCCUCGCGCCGCUAUUACCCUCUCCUCCUCUGUCUCGUUCACCCGAGCGCGGUCUCUGAGCGCGUCGCCAUCGAUCCCGCGGCCGUCGACGUCUCUGGUGCACGGGAGCACAUCCAGGAGGUCUGACGUGGUUGUCUUCGUCCGUUCUGCGUACCAGAUCGAGCCGGAGACCACCACAGCACAAGGAUCGACAUCAUCUACGACCUUCGGGCACCGCGACACCAUUGACAGAUUCGUCACCGUCACUGCACCCCAGGCCUCCUCGAGCUCGCCCCUGGAACCGCGACCCCGAGAUCGCUGUGAUCCAGUGAUCGACUACUUCACUGCCGAGGGUCCGUAUCUGUCUACAGAGCUUCCAGAUGAUGGAUUCCAGGAGCCAGACGACGCCUCUGAUGACUACUACUAUCCCAAGGGUGCCUACUACUACGUGAAGACCACCGAUGACUAGGAGUAGUUCGGAGGCUCCCAGGUGUCGAGGAUACCAGUGUAGGUGACGAUACCGAACUCAAGUGGGAAUUCGACGAGGAUUCGUGCCAUUACCAUGUUUCUUUUCCGGAUGAUCAGUAGUGGAGCUUAGUUGGGACGAUCGGGGAUCUAGCAUUUGGAGUUGUCUUCCU